AUGAAUCGGAAUUAUCCGAAAGCGAUGAACGACACUCCGAAAUGGACGUCCAUCAAAAACACUAAUUUAUUGAAAAAACCAAAUUAUACUACUCGGUCUGGAAAAAUGGUAGAAGUGAUAUACGGCCGUAACCAAUGCAGAUUUUAUGAUAAAAAAAUUACUUUAGCGUGCACCUACUUUGUGGCCAAUAAAAAGCAUAAUAGACGUCCAAUUAGAAAUAAAUCAUUAGUUGAAAACAAUACCUCUAGUGAUAACUUCUAUUCGAAUAAACACAAAUUAUGUACCACAGCUAUUCGCGAUGAUGAACAAAUUAAUCAUAUUACGGGAUUGGACGAUAACUUAAAAAAUAUUAAUUCGUUUAAUACUGGAUAUGGUUCAAACUCUUAUACUUCGACAACACUAGAAAAUUUAACUGGUAAUCCUGAUGCAUAUAAUCAAAAAGAAAGAUAUCAAAAUUCAAUACUUUAUCAAAAAUUCCCGGAAAAGCAUUAUUACAACAAAAAUUAUAUUCAUUAUCAAAAGUCAAUUACUCAAAAUAACACUAACUUACAACAAUCAAUUUAUACGAAAAAACCGAAUUACUAUCAACAAAAACCAAUCCCUCAAAAAUAUUGGGAAAUGAGAUACAUGCUGUUUUCAAACUUCGAUCAAGGCAUUAUACUGGAUGAAGAGAGCUUUUAUUCGGUUUGCCCCGAGAUCUUAAGCUACCACAUUGCAAAGCGUUGUACAAAUAACAUAGUGGUAGAUCCCUUUUGUGGAGCAGGUGGUAAUGUCAUUCAAUUAGCCAAAACAUGUAAAAAAGUUAUAGCGAUUGACAUCGACCCGGAGAAGAUCAAGUUGGCACGGCAUAAUGCUAAGAUAUGCGGUGUUGAGGACAAAAUCCAGUUUAUGGUCGGCGACUUUUUUUCGAUUUAUCGGACGAUAAAAGCAGAUGUAUUGUUUAUGUCUCCACCGUGGGGAGGUCCGGGAUAUGCAAUCAAUAAAAUUUAUAGUUUAAAGUCGAUGUGUCAAAGUCAUUUUGGAGGAGGUUUCGAUAUUUUUAAACUUGCCAAAACUGUUGCACCAAAUAUCUCAUUCCACGUGCCGAAAAACACCGAUUUAUCAGAAUGUUUACGUUUGGCACAAGAUUUCGGAAAAGUUGAAAUUCAACAAAAUAUUAUUAAUGGUAAAUUGAACUCAAUCACGGCGUUUUACGGAAACUUUAAUUGGAACCUAUCUGACCGGCCACUUGACCACAAUAUACUUGGAUCUGCUACACCGCCAUCGGCCUUGGUUAGGUCAGCCGAUCCAGUGACUCCAGAUCGAGGUAAUGUUUUUGAAGAAAUGAUCGAAACACUCAAAACUAUUGACAAACAAAAAUGUUCAAACUAA